UAGAGGUUGUACUGUAAAAUCUGAUUAGUUUCACAUUUUAAUCCUCUUUUUCAUUUUCCCCAGAUAUUUAAUAUAUUUACAAUUAUAUUCGUAUUUGUAUUAUCUUAUUUAUUCAGUUGCAUAUCUUGUAGUUCAUUCAAUUCCCUGCUUGGUUGCUGAGAAAAUACGACAAAGAGAAAACUUGGAUUUGAGAUCUUCCUGUUUGUGGAUUGCUUCUGUGGACUGCAAUAUUCAGUUCAACAAGUUCAUUUGAUUUAAUUAAAGCUCAGCUGAGAGGUACAAAGAUUUUCUCUGCGGAUUUUUUUUUCUUUUAUCAGGAACUGAAUUUAGCUACAGGUUCUUAUUCCCUCUGCUUGUUUAUACAAUUUAUACUUUUGUGCUUUUCAAUUAAUUUUAAUUUUUUUGCUGCUGCUAUUGAAUUGCUUUCCUUUCACGCUUUAUCUACUGUUUGGCUGGUGAGAAAGUGAAAUGAAUUAGAAAAUCAGAUUGUGUCAUGAUCAAUCACCGUGUUUCCCAUUCAAUUCAAGUCAAGCCUUGUACUUUCAAGAAUUUGAUGAUAAUAGAAAUCAAAGAUACGAACUUUUCGUUUUUUAUCAUUUCUUUUCUAAAUUUUCUCAGCAACCAAACGGAGGAUAAGUGAGGGGGCAAAAAUGAUAUGUCAUUAAUCCGUACAUUAUUCUGAAAUUGUUGCGGGUCUUAGCUCGUAGCUACCGCCAUGGCGGUUGUUGUGUUUUGGAUUACUUUGGUGAGUUAUUACACUUGACAUGUUUUUGCAGGGGUGUGUUUGUAAUCUUUGUAGUUGGGCCAGUAUGAACGGAAACUACAGCAAUGCAAGUGCGAGUUCCAGCUCGAGUUUAGAUAGCAGCACUCGCGGUACGGAAGAUGAUCAAACCAUUGCAAUCAUCUUGGGAGAAGAGGAAAAGCUGAAAUUUGAUGGCACGCUUGGGAAAAGACUGUGCCACUUAAAUUCGAUUCCGCACACUCCCCGGGUAAAUGGGGAGAUACCUGAUGUGAAUGAUGCAACCCAAGACCAUGAGCGCCUGUCAGCAAGGCUGGCAACAUAUGAUUUAUCUGAACUGCAGAUCAAGGGCGAUGGAAACUGUCAGUUUCGAGCAGUAGCAGAUCAAUUGUUUCGGAAUCCAGAAUACCACAAGCAUGUAAGAAAACAGGUGAUAAAGCAGCUAGAGCAUCACAAAAAACUCUACGAAGCUUAUGUCCCAAUGAAGUACGGACACUACCUGAGGAAGAUGAAAAAAACCGGGGAGUGGGGAGAUCAUCUUACACUACAGGCAGCUGCAGAUCGAUUCAGAGCCAAGAUUUGUCUAGUCACCUCUUUUCGGGACACUUGCUACAUCGAGAUUCUUCCUAAAGAUGGGAAUCCUGCGCGAGAGCUUUGGCUGAGCUUUUGGAGUGAAGUGCAUUAUAACUCCUUGUAUGCAAGUGCAGAUGUUCCGUCAAGAACUCCCCGAAAGAAGCAUUGGCUGUCAUUCUAGCGGUAUUUCAAACGGUCUUUGGUUUCAAAAUAUUCCAUAUACAAGUUACAUUAGCAAGUGUAUUAUGGUGAUGAGCAUUGUAACUUGGUGUAAACUAACAAGAAUUCAGAUCUUUCUUUUCGCCGGCAUGCCGGAAAUUAGACUUUAGAUAUCUGUAAAUAGAACUUACAUGUUAAAAGGAUCACAUAGCUUUUCUA